AUGAAAUCCAUCAAUAGGUGGAUGUAUGGACCUACACCAGAGGAAAAAGUGAGAACAUGGCAAGGCAAAUUGAGGCAGCAGGAGAGACAAUUAGAUCGCGAGAUCCGUAACCUCGAAGUAGCGACGUCUAAAUCGAAAUCAGAGCUAAAACAACUGGCUAAGAAGAACGAUAUAAAAUCAGCAAGGAUAUUAGCUAAAGAAGUCGUUAGAGCUAAUAAGCAAAGAGAUAGAUUGGAAAGUAGUAAAGCUAGAGUGAGGUCGGUAGGCAUGCAGUUACAACAUCAAUUGUCCAUGGUAAAAGUGACUGGUGCAUUCCAAAAAUCAACAGAGAUAAUGAAGACUACAAACGCGUUGGUAAAAUUACCUCAAUUAAGCGCUACGAUGCGAGAAAUGAGUAUGGAAAUGAUGAAGAGUGGUAUAAUGGAAGAGAUGAUGGAAGAGACCCUUGAUUCAGUCAAUGACGAUGAAGAACUUGAAGAAGAAGCCGAUGCCGAAGUAGACAAGGUCUUAUUCGAAUUGACAGACGGCAAAUUGGGUCAAGCUGGGAAAGUUGGCGCUGCGUUACCGGAAAACAAAGAAGAAGAAGAAGAGUCAGAAGAGGAGAUACAACGUAUGCGUCGUGAAAUGCAAGAAUUACUCGGGUAG